GGGUGGCUGCGCAGAGGGGGAGUCGGACGGCUAAUAAAUCUUAUAUAUUUUUUUUUCAUAUAUUGAUUGGCUUGCAUUCCGGCGCAGCGCGGCUCCGCACGGUAUUUAGCACAUGCAGAAAGUUGAAGCUGAUCUUAAAUGGCUCGGAGGUGACUGCAAUCCAGGAGCCGGCGCACUUGAGCCUCUGAGCGCUGGGGAGGGCCGAGGGAAGCGCGGAGCCCUCCCGCUGGUUGGGCCCGGCCGCGGCAGCCCAGCGGGGUCCUGCCAGUCCUUCCACUGACAACACCCCGCGAAGGAGGAGCCUCGCCGGGCCGCGCAGAAGGCGUCAGGAGCUGCGAUUUCCAACUUAGCAUCUUGGCAGGACCCUUCGGAAAGCGAGAGCGAGGAGGAAGGGGGGAAAAAAAAAAAGCCCCCCGGUGCAGGGGAGGGGGAGAGAGAGAGAGAGAGAGAGUGCGAGGGAAAAAAAAAAAAAAAAAGAGAGGGGGAAGCGAGGCGGGGAGAAAAAGGAGGAAGCGGUGCCAGGCUGCAGGCGAGCGCGGAGCAGCAGCCCCGGCAGAGAGCAAGGUGCCGCCGCUGCCCAGCUGGCGAGGGCGGAGAGGCUCCCGCGAAGCCCCGGCCGCAGCGGCCCCAGCCCGGCAGCGCGGCCGCUCCCUCCCGGCGCCUUGGGCUCCCGGGUGUAUGUACUCGCCUGGCCAUGUCGUAUCCUCAGGGUUACUUGUACCAGCCUUCAGCGUCCUUGGCUCUCUACUCGUGCCCGGCAUACAGCACCAGCGUGAUCUCCGGACCCAGGACCGAUGAACUUGGGAGAUCUUCUUCGGGCUCCGCUUUUUCCCCUUAUGCCGGAUCUACCGCCUUUACCGCCCCUUCCCCGGGUUACAACUCCCACCUCCAGUACGGCACCGACCCGGCCGCCGCCGCCGCCGCCGCCUUCACUUCCUACGUGGGCUCGCCCUACGACCACACGCCGGGCAUGGCCGGUUCCCUGGGGUACCACCCGUACGCGGCGCCGCUCGGCUCCUACCCCUACGGGGACCCCGCGUACCGCAAGAACGCGACGCGGGACGCCACGGCCACCCUCAAGGCCUGGCUCAACGAGCACCGGAAAAACCCCUACCCCACCAAGGGCGAGAAGAUCAUGCUGGCCAUCAUCACCAAAAUGACCCUCACCCAGGUCUCCACCUGGUUCGCCAACGCGCGACGGCGGCUCAAAAAGGAGAAUAAAAUGACUUGGACGCCGCGGAACCGCAGCGAGGACGAGGAGGAAGAGGAGAACAUCGACCUGGAGAAAAACGAUGAGGACGAGCCCCAGAAACUGGAGGAGAAGGGAGAUCCCGGGACGCCAGACACCGGAGCCGCGGAUCCCAAAGCAGUGCCAGGCUGCGAGCGCCUCCAGGAGUCCCCCGGCCCCCGGGAGGCCGAGGGCGGCCUCAGCGACUCGGAUUGCAAAGAGCCGGCGGAGGAGCGGCUCGACGGGCCGCCCGCUCCCCCCAAGGCGCCCGGGUCUUCCCCGCUGGGCCCUUGCCCGGCGGGCCGCGGGCUGCCGCCUGCGGGCGGCGAGGAGCCCCAGCCGUACCGCCCGCCCUCCGCCGCCGCCGGGCCCCUGCACGCCGCCGACCUGCACCCGCUGCUGCCCGCCGCCACCGGCGCCUCCGUCAUCCACUCGCCGCAGCAGGCGGCCCUCGCCAAGCCCAAGCUUUGGUCGCUGGCCGAGAUCGCCACCUCGGCGGACAAGGCAAAGGAGGCUGGCGGCGAGGCGGCGCCCCCCGGCCCCGCUGUGCUGGGCGGCGGCGGCCCGUCGCGUUCGCCGCCGCGGCCGCGCUCACCAGCAGCGCAGUGCCCCUUCCCCAACGGGGCGGUCCUGCCGCGGCCGCUCUACUACACGGCGCCCUUCUACCCCGGUUACACGAACUACGGCUCCUUCGGGGCCCUGCACGGGCACCCCGCCGGCGGCCCCGCCGCCGCCGCCCCCGGGGCCCACUUCAAUGGAUUAAACCAGACUGUCCUCAGCAGAGCCGAGAGCCUGGCUAAAGACACUAAAAUGAUCAGGAGCCAGUCCCAAGUAGACCUUUGCAAAGACUCACCCUACGAACUGAAGAAAGGUAUGUCCAACAUUUAAUAUCGGCUUCUCCUCCUCAACCCUUCCGGGACUGUGGUUUUGUUAUUUUUUUCUUUUUUUUUUUUUUUUUAAUUUAUUGAGAGAAAUAAUAAGUUGCUUUGGCAGUUAUUUUUCCACUACCAAAAGAAAAACAAAACAAACAGAAAAAGGCCAGCUCCCCCCUCCCUCCCAGCACCCCCUUCAAAAGUUUAUAGAGUCUAUUGGAAAUGGCUGGGUGGAUACGGCCCACAAAUGUCUUAACCAAGUGAAAUGCAAACGAGUGACAUGUUCUCUCUCACACACACAAAGAAAGAUUUGUAUGAAAUCUUAUUCUGUAUAUUUAAUGUAGCUUUUUGUAUUUAAAUUGAUAAUACAGUAUCUUUGAAGUAAAUUAUGAAAUCAAGACAUCUGUACAGGCAUUAAUGUUGUUUUCGUAAUAUAAAUAUAUACAUUUCUGUGUCUUUUUCCGAAUUGUUUCAUAGUUUCAAAAUAUAUAUAUACAAGUUUAAUUUAAUUUUUUAUGCCUAUUGGGUUUUUUCUUCCCUUGGGUGUGAGCUAAACUAUAAGGCAAAAAAAAAAAAAAAGUAAAUAGGUUAUACUUAUUAGAUACAAAAACCUGCAGCCGCCUUUGUAAAAUGCGAAUAUUUAAUUAAAAGAGAUUUUUAACAGAAACAAAAACACUCUUUUUUUUUUUUUUUUUCUUUGCAACGGGCAGAUAGUACAUAACUGCGGAAAAAUGCAUGUUUUAAAAGAGAUGCGGGGCUCCGUUUAGGACGCUGCAGUAGUAUCUGGAGCCUUUUUCAAAGUGCCUGGCGAUUUCUGCAGGGCCGGGCUCUGGCAGAGCCCGCGGGGCCGGGGAGAGGCGAGCGGCAGCAGCACGACGGGGACAGGGACAGGGACGGGCGCGGGAGGGACACUGCUUCCGGACGUAGAGGCUUAAACCAGGCCAUGCACAAAAGCACUUGUUAGAAACACCAAAUCGAAGCGCAGUCCCAUCUUUUAACCUAAUUACCUCCAAUCAGUGUCGUGUUUUAUGCAAAGCAAUCAGCCGGUGAACUUUGCUAAUGAGUUCGAUUUUCUGCCAGAUUUAUCCCGCGUCGCUGCUGCAGAGGUGCUGCGGCGGUGUCGGGGAUAGGGAUUGCACUGGCAAAGGCACUCGGUGCGGCAGGGGAAGCCUCGGCCCGUUCCCCCCCCUCCCCACCCCCGGCGUUGUGCACUGCUGCCCUCGGCCCAGGGGACGGCGCGGGCCGGGCGGCCGCGCAGCCCCGCGCAGGGCUGACCGCGGGCGCGGUGCUUCCCGGCGCUGGCAGGUAGGUGUCACACUCGGCCCGAGUUUGGCUCCUGCCGCCCGCUCGGCAGUGCGGGAGCCCCGCGGGGCCGCCGCGCUCCGCUCCGCGCAGCGCCCGUGGCGGGUGGCAGACUGCGGCGGCCGGCGGGGCUGAGGACGCGGCGCUCCCAGCCACCAAACGUUCCCCGUGUACGGGGACAGAGAGCGCCUUGAGGCCUCUCAGCUCGUUUCUAUCGCUGCGCAGCCCAGGCCAGGGGGAAAGCGGGUGCCCGAGCGAGUUCGGUGCUCCCCUGCGGCUCUGGAACUUCAAACCACCGCCCGAGAGUCCGUCCCCGUCCGUGCCGGCAUCCCGGAGGCCCGCGUCCCCUCCGAACAAAUAACGGCAAGGAACUGUUCCAGCACCCAGCUCUGGGGACGGGUUUUUCCCUGCUCAAAUCGGAUUUUGUGGGUGUCAGUUGUAUGCGAGCGCAUCGACGCUGUUAACAUGAUGGGAAUGUCGCUGGGACCGGUGGAGCUGGUGCCGAGACACCCCUCCGUUUUGUUUGGGUUUUUUUCUUGACGUGCCAGAUAAUUAUUUUGUAAUCUCUUCAACUUUGUCAGAGCCAUUUAUUAGCUGUAACAGGUUUAUUCAUGCAUAUUUACAUUAUACAGGAUUUUAAAUAGUAGUUUGUAUUUUAUGUUUUAAAGAUGCGGUCCAUGUUUACUUGAUUAUACAUCUUUGUAGAUAAUCUGGUUUAAAAUCAAAAUUGUUUCAAGCUGAAUGUGUAAAGAAUCAAAUAUUCCUGGGAUAAUAGUAUGUUAUUUUGUCACUUUAUAAAUUAUAAAUGAAUUUUUAAGAAACGCUCGAA